UUUCGGUCGAGAAGGGAAGUUUGGGCUGACUAGAGCUAACAACACAGGCUGAGCCGGUCCGAGUUGAUAGAACUGGAAGUCAGUUGAGUUCAGCACUUCAUCGCGAGCAGAAGCAGCUCCUGGCUUGGAAAGCAACAAAAUCACAUAAGCAUAAGAAUCUUGUAGCAUAAGAUCAACCUUCACUAAGGUUUCUACAAACAUAUCUUGUGCUCUGUGCUCUCUUCCGAGUCUAGGUGACGAUUUUUCUGUGUGGAGAAGAAGUAAAAACGCUGAUAAGGCAUAUUUGUAUGAACUGAUUUUAGUGAAAUUAAGAGACGAUAUGGUGUGUAGUUGAUACAAGAUAAAAGAAGAGACAUUUUUGGAUGAAAAAAAAAAUCCCGUGAGUGUAAAGAACAAAAUAUCCGGGAAAAAAUGGUGCUGAAGUGAGCGAAAAUAAAUCGAUCCUUGAAGUGAGUGUGAUCGAAUUGUGACCCCCCGAAAAGCCGGGUUCAAAGAAAAAUCAAAACGCUCCUGAAACGAACAACUUGUGGAUUUAGUUCGAACCCGGAAAGCAGCAAGGAAAACGCAACUCCCUCAAAAUGAUGUUGGAAAAUAUUGAUUUCGAUCUCUCCGAGUGCACAAGUCGCAUUUCGACCACUUUCACGCUAAACUCUGCCGGUCGGUCACCGGCAAGCCGUCUGACGGAACAGCGCCAGCGUAGUGCCCAGCGACGCCUGCACAUCAAUCCCCUCAGGAUGGACAACAAAUUCCUCGAAUCGCCCGGCAAGGAGAACAUCCCCACCGAGGAGGAACUCUCGUUCUACCAUGGCAACAGCCCACAGGCCAGUCCGCGGCCCUGCAGUCCGUGCGAUUGUCCCGAGGAGAGCGAUAUGUUGCUUGCGUCGGAAACCACACCCAGCAAACAGAGCAUCAUCCGGAGCCUGGCGGGAACCGGUAGCGCUAGCCGUCUGCGUCGACCCCUGGAAGACUAUGAUCCCAACUCGAUGGAUUCGGGCUACGGCGCGAGCGUAUCGAGCGAGGGACACAAAAGUCAAUCGAUGUUCCGCUUCAUUCAGCCAUCAAUCCCCCGCCAGAACUCGAGCUCGGCCUCACCACCGGCGCAUUCCAAGCGCAUCUUCCACAGCCUGUCCUCCGGCUCGAUGGAAUCGAUGGACGACAUCGACAUGGAUCUGUUCGAAAUGGACGCGCUCGAGGAUGACGCCCAGCAGCUGCCCAGCAAUCUCAACUCACUGAUCUGCGGUGACAUCAAGGCCACAAAGACCACCACCCCCGAGAACAAGAGACCCUUCUUUCGGCGUUGUCUGAGCCUCUCGGACAACCUGAUCGCACGUCGCGCCAAAAACACUCUGGUCUUUGAUUCGCCCGCCGAUAUUGAUUCCCCGCUCGCCAAGACCCCGGAACGGUUCCGCAUUGCACCAGACCAGGAGAACAUCAACCUGACACCGUUCUCGUCACGAACCGAAACCGCGCGCUGCUUCAAGCGUCCGGAACCACCGGGUGUCAGCCCAAUCCAGAGCAAACGUCACAAAGCCGAGGCCCAGACCCCCGUCAGUGCGUACCGCAGCACCAUCUCCACCUCCGAGAUCAGCUCCCUCGAGAGUCCCGCCAUCCUGACCGUCCCAUCGGUGCGACACAAUCUGCAGAAAUCGAUCUCCAUGAACGAUGCCCACAUCAUGAGUGCUCUCUCGCGUUCCUCCUCCGAGCCGGACCUCAUCGGAGACUUCAGCAAAUCGUACAUCCUGCCGCUCACCGAAGGUCGCCAUCGGGACUUGAAAUCCAUCUCCCCCGGCACCAUGGGUGAUCUGCUGCAGGGUAACUUCGCGCACGGCGUUGCCACCUUCAAAAUCAUCGACUGCCGCUAUCCGUACGAGUUCGAGGGCGGACACAUCCGUGGCGCCAAGAACCUCUACACCCAGGAGCAGAUCCUGGAAGAACUGAUCAAAAUCAAGACUGACCCACCGAAGGUGGAAGCCGAUGGACCCAAGCGCAACAUAAUCGUGUUCCACUGUGAAUUCUCGUCCGAGCGUGGCCCAAAAUUAUCACGCUUCCUGCGCAACAACGACCGGAUGCUCAACUCGGACAGCUACCCGGCGCUGCACUAUCCGGAGAUCUACCUCCUGGACGGGGGGUACAAAGAUUUCUUUGCCGUGCACCCGGAGCUGUGCGAUCCCAUUGCGUACCGGCCGAUGCUGGAUCCGGACUUUGGGGACGCCUAUCGGCACUUCCGCGCCAAGAGCAAGAGCUGGAACGGGGGUGAGGGGGCGAAAAGCGCCACAGCCGGCGGCAGCAGCAGCAGCAGCACCGGACAUGGCUCGCACAGUAGCAAUCGACUGGUGAAGUCCCGGUCGAGGUUGGUGCUGUAAAAAAAAAGGAGGACCAGAAGAGGGAUAGAAUGACGGGGCACAGAAGUUGACUUUUUCCACAGUUUUAUUUUCUAUCCGGGUUUAUAUUCAUAUAGUUUAUGCUCUGUACAAACGUUAGCAAGCAAGCGCAAGCUCUUUUCUGUUCGGUCCGGUUUUGAGUUCACUUUUAUCAUUUUUUUUUGCACCGUUUGUAAGUUUAUUUUCAAUGCAACUUCUUAAUUUGGCAAUACUGUUUCGAACGAGAGCGAAAUUUUAGCGCAGAACUAAAUUCCAGAACGGAUUAUAUUGUUUUGCCUUACACGUUUGAUAGUUUAGCGAGAUUUUUUUUUGUUUGUUAUCUACAUAUUUUAUCUGUGAUUUAGUUUUCUUCUACUUUCGAUUCGAUUUCACGCGCGCGAUAUUUUAUUUUCUAUUUGGUCAUAAGGACGAAGAGAAGGGAUGCGAUAAAACACGAACAAAAUUAGCCCGUAUUUCAUACUUGAUAACGAAACUUAUAACUACGACUGGAAGGGGAAGCUGCCGCUGGCUUCUCCUUGUAAAAAAAAAUAAUAGUACACAUAAACGACACUCUUAGCUAGAUAAAAUUGAACAAAAUAUGUAUAUGUAAAUCAUUUUUUUCGCGAAGAAACAGAACACAAAAUGAGGCCUCGUGCUUUUUAUUUGCGUGAAUGUACAUUUAGACGAAUUCUAUCCGAGACAACGCACCCCCAAUGAACUACCCCUAAUAUAUAUAAUAUACCCCUAAGACAACUCAUUUCUGUAUAUAUAUAUAUAUAUAUAUAUAUAUAUAUAUAUAUAUAUAUAUAUAUAUAUAUAUAUAUAUAUAUAUAUAUAUAUAACCAAUGUACAUCGAUGAAAGCAGAAACAUGAAGAGAGAGCUUGCCGCUGCUGCUGUUGCUUCCCGCACACUUUAAGUAGGAAAAUCAGGGCGCAUUGUGGGGAGGGUUCUUUGUGAAAGAACCCCCCGAUACAUUUGCAAACAUUUUGUCUAAGACAUGAGCAGAGGAGGGACAGGCGGCGGGCGGAAACGGGACAGCAGCAGAGGAAGCGGUCAGUCAAAUAAUUACUCUUUCAUCGGUGUUGCUUUUAGCCCGUGUAAACUAUUGAAACUGUGUGUGUGACGAGUUUGUUUUAGAACUUUAUUCUACCAUAGUCUGAACAAAAAAAAACGUGGAAAUCGAAUAGAAAAAUUUCAACGUUACAACGAUCGAAACUUUGGACUGAUUUUUUAAUGUAAAAAGUACAGAUUUAUAGAUUAAUAUAUUUAAACAAAACUAUGAAUAGAAAGAAAAACAAAAUAAAUUCGAAAAAAGCAAAAAAAAUAUCUCAAAUCGAACCUAAUUCAACGAGUGCAACAAGAAACAAGAUAGCAUAAUACCCUUAUUAGUCCGUAAGAUGCGAACUACGUUAGAUGUAUAGACACAGAAGAUGUAAACUAAUUAUUUUAUUGCUAGCAUUAGUGCUGAUAACUUGUAAGCGAGCGCGAAAAGCGAAAACACCCGACUGUAAAUACUGAUCUUUUCUGUGAAAAAGACCUGAAAAGCACAACGACUUCGGCAGUUCGACCGUUCCGCGGUUUGACGAAUAAACUAUUUUUAUUUAAACUUAA